GUGUCAGUUCGUGGAAACACGGAAGUAAACUCGAGUGGGAGUGGACGGAGGCCAUCAUCACAGCUCCUCACCUCACCGAGCCUGUCACGGAGAAUCGACAAUUUGGAUCCAAGAUGACGGACUCCAAGUACUUCACCACAACCAAGAAAGGCGAGAUCUUUGAGCUCAAGGCAGAGCUGAACAGCGAUAAGAAAGAGAAGAAGAAGGAGGCUGUGAAGAAGGUCAUUGCGUCUAUGACAGUUGGCAAGGAUGUCAGCGCUCUGUUCCCAGAUGUCGUGAACUGCAUGCAGACGGACAACCUGGAACUGAAAAAGCUGGUCUACCUCUACCUGAUGAACUAUGCCAAGAGUCAGCCUGACAUGGCCAUCAUGGCCGUCAACACCUUUGUGAAGGACUGUGAAGACCCCAACCCUCUGAUCCGGGCGCUCGCUGUCCGCACUAUGGGCUGCAUCCGUGUGGACAAGAUCACCGAGUACCUCUGCGAGCCGCUGAGGAAAUGUCUGAAGGAUGAAGACCCAUAUGUGAGGAAGACCGCUGCUGUGUGUGUAGCAAAGCUCCAUGACAUCAACGCCCAGUUGGUGGAGGAUCAAGGCUUCCUGGACACGCUCAAAGACCUCAUCUCUGACUCUAACCCCAUGGUCGUGGCAAACGCAGUGGCAGCGCUCUCUGAGAUAGCAGAGUCACACCCCAACAGUAAUCUCCUGGACCUGAACCCUCAGACCAUCAACAAGCUGCUGACGGCUUUGAAUGAGUGCACAGAGUGGGGACAGAUAUUUAUUCUCGACUGUCUGGCCAAUUACACACCUCGUGAUGACCGUGAGUCCCAAAGCAUCUGCGAGCGUGUCACCCCGCGCCUCUCACAUGCCAACUCUGCGGUGGUGCUGUCAGCGGUUAAAGUUUUAAUGAAGUUCAUGGAGAUGCUGCCCAAAGACUUGGACUACUACGGCACCCUGCUGAAGAAGCUCGCCCCUCCUCUGGUCACUCUGCUCUCUGCUGAGCCGGAGCUGCAAUAUGUCGCCCUCAGAAACAUCAACCUCAUCGUACAGAGACGCCCAGAGAUCCUGAAACACGAGAUGAAGGUUUUCUUUGUGAAGUACAACGACCCCAUAUAUGUCAAACUGGAGAAGCUGGACAUCAUGAUUCGUCUGGCAUCUCAAGCGAACAUCGCCCAGGUCCUGGCUGAGCUAAAGGAGUACGCCACUGAGGUGGAUGUGGACUUUGUCCGUAAAGCCGUCAGAGCCAUCGGCCGCUGCGCCAUCAAAGUCGAGCAAUCAGCGGAGCGCUGUGUCAGCACACUGUUAGACCUCAUUCAGACCAAGGUCAACUACGUGGUGCAGGAGGCCAUCGUGGUCAUCAAGGACAUCUUCCGCAAGUACCCCAACAAGUACGAGAGCGUGAUCGCCACUCUCUGUGAAAACCUGGACUCCCUGGAUGAGCCCGAGGCUCGUGCCGCCAUGAUCUGGAUUGUGGGAGAGUAUGCCGAGCGCAUUGACAACGCCGACGAGCUGCUGGAGAGCUUUUUGGAGGGUUUCCACGAUGAAAGCACUCAGGUGCAGCUGCAGCUUCUGACGGCCAUCGUCAAGUUGUUCCUGAAAAAGCCGACUGAGACCCAGGAGCUGGUGCAGCAGGUGUUGAGCCUGGCUACACAGGACUCUGAUAACCCAGACCUCAGGGACCGCGGCUACAUCUACUGGCGCCUGCUCUCCACGGACCCCGUAGCGGCUAAGGAGGUGGUCCUGGCUGAGAAGCCCCUGAUCUCUGAGGAGACGGAUCUGAUCGAGCCCACGCUGCUGGAGGAGCUCAUCUGCCACAUCGGCACUCUGGCCUCCGUCUACCACAAGCCUCCCAGCGCCUUCGUGGAGGGCAGCCGUGGUGUUCAGCACAAGAGGCUCCCGGGCAGCGCCGGAUCUGGAGAGAGUGUCGACAGCCCAGACCCUGGUUCUGCUGCUGGAGCGUCCGAGGCACCCCCUGCUGUCAUCCCAUCCCAGGGAGACCUCCUGGGAGAUCUGCUCAAUCUGGACCUGACACCUCCAACCACCACCGGACCUCCACCAGCCCCCUCCUCUGGCAUGCAGUUGGGUGCCAUGGACCUUCUCGGAGGGGGACUGGACAGCUUGAUGGGGGAUGAGUCUGAGCCGCUCGGCGGAGACCUCGGAGGAGGUGCAGCUAUGGGUGCUGGAUUUGGUGCUGCUCCUGCUGCAAUGCCAGCCUCUUUCAGCGCCCCUGUCAGCGGCGGUCUGGAUGACCUGUUCGAUCUCGGAGGGGGAGUUGGUAUGCCUAUGGGAGCCUACAGCCCGCCGAAAACAAUUUGGCUUCCAGCCAUGAAGGCUAAGGGUCUGGAGAUAUCGGGCACAUUCGCCCGCCGUGCUGGGGUCAUCCAAAUGGAGAUGACCCUCACUAAUAAAGCUAUGAGUGUAAUGACUGACUUCGCCAUCCAGUUCAACAGAAACAGCUUUGGUCUCGCUCCAGCUGGUCCGCUCCAGAUUCUCACUCCUCUGAGCCCCAACCAGAGCAUCGAAGCGAGCCUCCCUCUCAGUACUGUGGGACCGGUUAUGAAGAUGGAGCCUCUCACUAACCUGCAGGUGGCUGUAAAGAACAACAUUGACGUAUUCUACUUCAGCUGCCAGUACCCCAUCAGCAUGCUGUUUGUAGAGGACGGGAAAAUGGAGCGCCAGGUGUUCCUCGCCACAUGGAAAGACAUUCCUAACGACAACGAGUCCCAGUUUCAGAUCAAAGACUGCCAUCUCAGCUCAGAUGCCACCUCCAACAAACUGCAGGGCAGCAACGUCUUCACCAUAGCCAAGCGGACAGUGGAGGGCCAGGACAUGUUGUAUCAGUCCAUGAAACUCACCAACGGCAUCUGGGUGCUGGCCGAGCUGCGGGUGCAGACAGGAAACCCAAACUACACAGUCUCUCUGAAGUGCAGAGCUCCAGAAGUCUCCCAGUGUGUGUUCCAGAGCUACGAGGCCAUGCUGAAGAACUGAAAACCCAACCCCGUCGUCGACCCGGCUGCUGACACCUCCUCCUGAUCUCUCCCCCUCACCUGACCCAGCGAGCAGAUUACACACACACUCAUGUAGAGCAGGAGCCUCUUCCCCCCCCUGCUGGGGAGGCUGCACUCUGUGUGUCAUCCAGCUGUUAAACUAGGAUUAAUGAUGAUUUCUGUUCAAUUUCAACACGUCUCAAAGUUUUCUCAAAACUUCAGAAAUGUCUGCUUUAGUCUCUCCUGCCCCUUCUUUGUCUGCUUUUUCUUUUUUUUCCACCCAUAGCUCGAGCUUCACUUUCUCAAUCAACACUUUCACACUCGUCUCCACCUGAGCCAUCCAGCGAUUCUCUCUGGUGCAGACGUCAGUAGGACUUGAAAAUCUCGCGUCUGUUUUCUCUGCAUGAGGCUCUCUGAUCAUUAUCCAGCCCCCACUUCUCUGCAAAUUGAGUCUAUUUUUAGCACCUGCAAAUCAGCAGGUGAACCAUCGCUGUCGGCACAUUUAUUUCGGGGCACGCUCAGUUCGAAUGCGACAGGCCUUAACCCUCCCCCCCCCUCCGUGUGUGAAGGCCUCUGAAGUCACAUAAAAACAUAUUUGUUGUCUUUGUCAUUCUGUAGAGUUUGCUUUAGCGUCCGUGGGCAGACUGUCUGAUGUGUGCAUGGAGACUUUUCUUUCUGACCUGUUUUCUUGACUUAUUUCUUUAAUUUUCUGGACGUGUUUUAGACCAUGCAGCAGUUUUCCGCUGCGUGCUCUCUUAGUCAUUCCAAGCUUUGGUUUUUUUGUGUGUGUAGUCUUGUUAGCGUACAUGUGUCAGACGGGGGAGAGAGGGUCUCAGGUGUUGAGGAUUUUGUUUGUGCCGCUUCGCCCUGCAUCAGUGUCAGCCACUCGGGCGCUCUCUGCCACUUUGCUCUCUCUCUCUCUCUCUCUCUCUCUCUCUCUCUCUCUGUAUCCUGAUAGCAGCUCUGUCAAGCACCACCUGAGAUGAAGGCUCGGGUGAGAUAUCUCCACACUUAAAAAUAAAAGAUGUAAGUUUGUCACACCUGAGUAAUUAUGAGCGUACAUGUAGGAGGCACAAAAGGAGGCUCGAACGUCUUCCAGUGCUUCAGUUUGACAUUCAGACUCGAGAUGAAUUGGAUUUCUUUUUUACGAGUCAUUACACUGGAGCUCAUUUUAUCAGCUCUACAGGAUGUAUGCACUUACUCUAACACCUUGUUAAGAUAACAGAGGAGGCUGUGGAUUCUGAGUGUGUGUCUUUGUGUGUGUGUGUGCGUGUGUGUGUGUGUGGGGUGAUGGCUGAUUCAUAUGCUGUAAAAAAUCAAAUAUUUAAUCAGAUGCUUUUGAUUUUUUUUUUUUUUUCAUUGUGUGUACAUCAUUUGAAAAAAAAGACCCAUUAAAAGUCUUGAUGAAUUCCC